AUGUGCUGGCUGAUCCGUCUGCCCUCCUGUGCCCAGACCCUACACACGCGCGACAAGCGGGAGCUGCCGUGGCUGUCGCUGCGCGGCUGUCGCAGGGCGCGGCGGCUGGUGCUGUCGCCGCGGCGGCUGGCGGGCCCGCUGCCCGCCGGCCUCGCGCAGUGGUUCCCGGCGCUCGAGGAGCUGGACGUGAGUGGCACGGGGCUGGCGGAGCUGGGCGCCGAGCUGCUGGCGCUGCCGCGCCUCCGCACGCUGCUCGCCAAGAACAACCGGCUCGGCGGGCCCGGCUCGCUGCCCAAGGGGCUCGCGCAGGCCCCGCUCGGCCGCUCCCUGCGCGUCCUCAACCUGAGCGGCAACCGCUUCGCCGAGGUGCCGCCCGCGCUGCUCGGCCUGCGCGGCCUGCAGAGCCUCAGCCUCGGCGGCAACCGCCUGCACGGCAUCCCGCCCGACAUCCAGGAGCUGCGCAGCUUAGAGUUUCUGUACCUUGGAGGGAAUUUCAUCACUUCCAUUCCACCCGAGUUAGCAAACCUGCCUUCCCUAAGCUAUCUCGUUUUGUGUGACAACAAGAUCCAGAGCAUUCCACCUCAGCUGGCCCAGCUGCAUUCCCUGCGCUCCCUCAGCCUGCACAACAACCUGCUGACGUACCUGCCUCGCGAGAUUCUCAACCUGGUGCACCUGGAGGAGCUGAGCCUGCGGGGGAACCCGCUCGUGGUGCGCUUCGUGCGCGACCUCACCUACAACCCGCCAAGCCUCCAGGAGCUGGCAGGACGCACCAUUAAGACGCGCAAUGUGCCCUACGCUCCCAGCGACCUCCCGGAGAACCUGGUCCGGUACCUGAGCUUGGCCAGCAACUGCCCCAAUCCGAAGUGUGGGGGUGUCUACUUCGACAGCUGCGUCAGACAAAUCAAGUUUGUCGACUUCUGUGGGAAGUAUCGACUCCCUUUGAUGCACUACCUGUGCUCCCCGGAGUGCUCCUCUCCCUGCAGCUCUGCCUCCCAGAGCUCCACUUCCCAGAGCGAGUCCGACUCCGAGGACGAAGCCAGCGUUGCUGCGCGCCGGAUGCAGAAAGUCCUCCUGGGAUAAAAGGGACCGAGAGGGAAAGACUGGAUGGAAAACACUAGAAAGGCAAUGAGGGAACUGCGAAGCACGAGCCUCUGGCCCGAGGGGCUCGCAAGAAACUGUCCCCAAGUCCACGUCAGGGCACGUAAGAACAUCCUAGCGAGGCUCGACUUGCUUGGUGCGAGGCUACUUAGGAGAACUACGUGGGUGCCAUAGUGCCUGCAGGGUGCCUGGUUCGCUAGGAAGCUCUGCUGCCUGAGAGGUCCCCCUCUCGCCUACUGGCCAGCGGGAUCUUCCUCCGACGGGCGCGUUCUGAGGAGGGGUUAAUAUUUGGCACUUCCCUGGACCGUAGUCAUCCUGCCGAGCAAAGGCGGCUUUGCCCAGGGCUUGUAACACUGGCAAAUCAGGAAAAGGUUAAUGAUGCUAUGUGGGUGUAUGUGGAUCCCAAUGUUUUGUAUUGUGUUUUGAUUCUUUUCUGCCUCCUUUUGAUUUUAGUUACAGAUUUUUCCACCCAUUCAUGACAACUUUUGGAUCAGGAGUCGAUUUUUCGCAAACGUUCUUCUGUUGCCUACAGGCACAGGAUCUUUGCACUUUUGUAGCCUUCACAGCCCUACAACCGAGUUGCCUUUUUUUCUUCCUCAUGAUACCAAGCUGCUCGUGGAAUCCAGUUAAGAGGAAACACUUUGUUUUUCCCUUCCCCCAUGCCCCCCUUCCCAUUACACCCGGAGAGCUUUACAGGGCCUCAGCAGCAGACACAUUCCCUGGAGGCUUGGGGUGGGUUGGGAUCUGUGGCCAUGUGUGCCUGUGCUAGGGACCAAACGCCAUGUUCUGUGUGUGCCUUCCACCUCUGAGCUUGCUGGGGCAGAUCUGCUCUCCACAGUGACCUGCAGGAUGGACCUUUCCAGUGGUGAAACCCCCGCAUGAGCCCUGCGACGCUCGGGACAGUUGUUCUGUUCUGUCCUCAAGUUGCUGCCCACUUUAAGCAGAUGAAGGUGGUGAGUUAAAAGUACGAGGGGAAGCAGUGUGGAGAAUGCUGCUUUUCUUUCUUUCUGCUAACUUGAGAAGAAAAGCCCGUGGGAGGAAAGUAAGGGCACGUUUUCUGGGUAGCUCUGCCAUACGUUCGUUUUGAGGCCUCUCUAUAGGUUUGCAUUUGCCUCUGUUCUAAAAGCUCAGGCAGUCUGCCAGGCUGCUCAGGUAACACAGCCAGCCAUUUGAGACUAUGUUUAAAGGAAAGCUGUAGAAAAUAGCUCAAUUUUAGAUAUUAAGAAAUAAAUUUAAAGAAAAUACGACAUUGACAGGUGUUUGUAAAUCUGCUUGUGGGGCUGGUGUGUGUUUUGCUCGAUCAGGGCUGCCUCUUUAUUGAUAUUUCGCAGCAGACAGCCCUUCUGAUGCAGUUUGAGAUGCUACAAAUCCAACUGUGCACGCAGUUGCAUGAGCACAGUGAAUACUGACAGUGGUAGGAAUCUAAAUGAACUAGUAUGGGGGUUUUGGACACACUUUGGGAGGGAAAGUGCCCUCUCCUGCGUUCAGGAAACACACACAGCCGCUGGAAUAUUUUACAGAGCUUUGUAUUAAUGGUUCUUUUUAAUUAUGCUUGACACUUUAUUAAAGCACUUUGAUAAUUUUACUCUUCGUAGCAAACAUUAGUGAUUUUUUUUUCUUUUAAUUGCAUUUUCUUUUAAUGUGACCUGCAGAACAAGGCCUGUGAAAUUGCGUACGUGCCAGUCUGCCUUGGUGGGCAGGUUGAACUUCUUGC